AUGCCCAACUAUGUAAAGUUCCUCAAAGAUAUACUCGCCAAUAAGAGGAAGAUCAGGGAAAAUGAAAUCGUCGCACUAACAUAUGAGUGUAGUGCACUCUUCCAGAACAAUAUCCCCAAGAAAAUGAAAGAUCUAGGGAGCUUCACAUUGCCAUGCUCGAUCGGGGGGAAAGAAGUUGAAAAUGCAAUCUGCGACUUAGGGACAAGUAUCAACCUGAUGCCCUUAUCAAUCUUCAAGAAGUUAAACAUUGGCAAUGCAAGGCCCACCAUAGUCACGUUGCAGUUGGCUGAUAGGUCAAUAAUGCAUCCGGAGGGCAAGAUAGAAGAUGUGCUUGUGCAAGUAGACAAAUUCAUCUUUCCAGCUGACUUCAUUAUACUAGACUAUGAAGCUGAUACUUAG